AUGGAGUCUUCUACUGGCUCUGCACCUGUGAAACCACCUCCGGCCAGGCCAGCAGCGGACAGCAAGAACCACGCAACCGCUUCGCCCGCCCGACCGGCCGAGCGGAAUGGAUACCCCGGCGACGAGAAGCGAAAAUUGACAGAAGAAGAGGCGUCUGCGGUCGAGCAAUCCAGACAGGCAUCUGGGCCCGCCUCAAAGCGCAAGCGACUCCAAGAACGACACCAGGCACGCAAACGCGGACGCACACCACCCUCCUCGGUCUUCUCCCGCCGUGACCGCGAUCGCAGUCCGAGCAAUGCUACGCCGCGCGAUGACCACACCCGGCGAUCACGAUCCCCAUUGCCACCCCGAUCUCCCUCGCCGGACGAACAGCCGCGACAGCGGAAACGACCUGGUGGCGGAGCUCGAAUGGGACUGGUGGAUCCUCAAACGAUACGCCGGCGGCAGGAGGAGCGCGACCGCGCACAGGAAGAGGACGCCAUGCGAAUGUCUCGUGAUCGAGGGGUGACCGAUGUGGUCCGGCAGCACUACAACGCGGUUCCCCAGCGAGGACGCGAGUGGCGCAAGACAGAAAGCAAGAUCAAGGGGCUUCGAAGCUUCAACAAUUGGGUGAAAAGCACACUGAUCCAGAAGUUUUCGCCGGACGAGGAGUUCCUCUCCCGCUUCGGCAAGACCGAUGAAUGGGCGAACGACAGCAUCUCGGGCCCGCCCCCGACAGAAGACAAACGACUGCUCGUGCUCGAUCUGGGCUGCGGCAAGGGCGGCGAUCUGGGCAAAUGGCAGCUGGCUCCGCAGCCGGUUGACCUCUACGUCGGCCUUGAUCCGGCUAAUAUCUCCAUCGAACAGGCCCGAGAGCGGUAUAGUGGCAUGCGCAGUGGUCGUGGACAGCGCGGCCGUCGGCCCCCGCAUCCGAUUUUCCAUGCUGAAUUCGUUCCCAAGGACUGCUUCGGCGAGUGGCUGGGCGAUAUCCAGAUCAUCCAGCAGGUGGGAAUUGAUGCCAAUGCUGGGCCUGGCGGGUCGAUGAUGGCUGCCCGCUGGGGGGGUGGUGGUGGCUUCGAUGUGGUCACGUCCAUGUUUGCCAUUCACUACGCAUUUGAAAGCGAGGAAAAGGCUCGCCAGAUGCUCCGCAAUGUGUCUGGAUGUCUCAAGAAAGGCGGCCGUUUCCUCGCCGUGUGCCCCAACCCGGAUAUCAUCAGCAGCCGGGUUGCUGCGUUUCACAAGCAGCGCAAGGAGCGCGAGGCUACCAAAACCGCCCAGUCUGAAGGUCCCGAGGACGGGGAAGUUGAGGAGGAUGACCGAGCGCAAUGGGGUAACGAUAUCUACCGUGUCCGGUUUCCCGGGCAGACCCCCGAGGAUGGUGUCUUCCGGCCACCGUUUGGAUGGAAAUACAGCUAUUUCAUGCAGGAAGCCGUCGAAGAGGUUCCUGAAUACGUCGUCCCGUGGGAAGCAUUCCGAGCUUUGACCGAGGACUAUAACCUAGAGUUGCAGUACCGCAAACCCUUUAUGGAGAUUUGGGAGGAAGAGAAGAACGACCCAGAACUGGGUCCACUGAGCGAGCGCAUGGGUGUCCGAGACCGUGCGACAGGCGCGUUGGCGAUGACCGAGGAGGAGAAGGAGGCAGUCAGCUUCUAUCAUGCAUUCUGUUUCUACAAGGUUUAG